AUGGAGCUUCCACGUCUUGUCCCAAGUGCAGGGACUAGGAAAGCUGGACAGCGAGGUGCAUGGCUCCCCUAUGUAAAACGUUAUUUGAAGAAACACAUCUUGGCAGAUGGUCUAACGAAGGAAGAUCAAGGAGAAACAAAGGAAAAAGAGGAGGGAUUUAAUAGAACGGUCAUAGAAGCGGCACUUCCAGGUGCAUUAGAAACCCUUGAAUCCUACAGACUUCAAGUGAAGAAAAUGACAGACAAAAUCUUUCAAGAGGCCUUCACCUGGCUCGAUAACAAUAAGCUGGAAGGGCAGAAUUUCGAGGGCAAGCAAAAUGAAUUGGAGACUCUUUUGUGUCCAAUUAUCAGAAUGAAAAGCAAGGAAGAUAACGGGAAACGGGUUGUGGAGGACAAAUAUGUAAACACUCACACAAACUCAGGAAAUUCCAUUGGGAUUUCGGAAUCUUCCAUGAGUGACGGGGAGAAGAAAAAUGUGGAGCCUCCCACUGGAAAUUUGCGGAAAUACGAGAAGCAAGUCUCAUGCCAGAGUGGCAAACUUCAGCAACCCCUACAUUCCAAUACCCAAACCCACGAAGAUCGAACGGGUGAUGGUGCUGUUUAUACUCCUGGGGUUCCAAAUACAAAUGCGACUGUACGAGCUAGGGAGUCCCUAGUGAACCUCAUCUCACAAGUGGAGAGACAUAUCAAUGAAAAAAAUCCGAAAUUGAAAGUAAUCUUGAAGAAAUGCUUCGACAUUAAAAACAAGCUCGAUGUCGAAGAAGUGAGUGGGAAAAUAUAUGAGAAGAUGAAAAAGAUGAAAAGCGAGCUCGAACACAUGUUGAAAGAACACGAACUUGGCAGUCUUCUUGCUGAACUUGGUGAUCGGAAUGAUUAUACACCUGCAUCUCCAGGGAAUAGAGGGAUUGCUCUGGCUCCAUCCGUCCGCACGCACACAAUCCAAUUUCGGCCGUGCUAUUUCUAUACUUCCCUUCUGGGUCCAACCAGCAAGGAGCAAAAUCUGGCCCCAACCAGAUCCACCCAGCCCGGCUACAACGACCGCUAA